AUGCCUAACAAGAACAACAAGACUUCCGGCAAUAGCACCGCUGAUCGCAAGCCCAGCGCUCAGAAAGCCGCUGCCGCCAACAAGAAUAAGCGUCUCACCGAAGCCGAGAUGGUAAAGGCCCUUGCCGAAUGCGAUGCUCAGUUUGCAAAGAUGACCCAGGAGGAGCUUGAAGCCAAGUUACCUGAGUACAAGAACUACCAGCCCAAGGCGGCGGAUGCCGAUGGGGUUUACGCGUGGUUGAUGGACGAGUAUGGUUCCAUCUCAGGGGGUGUUGGAUGA